UUGGUUCCAAUCGUGUGUUGUUUGCAAGCAUAGAACAAAGGAGUUGAAGACGAACUGAUACCAGCUAAAACCCAGUUGCUAUACCCAGUAACCGAAGGAACUACACUGGCAUUCGUGGAUGAAGCCAACUCACGUGAGAGCGGAAUCGUACAGAUCUCAUACCCAUCCGUCGCUUCCUCACCCUCUAUCCUCACAUUGUAGCUCUAUCAAUCUAUGCAUUGGCUGCAAGGAGCAAAAAUUGGUUUACUGUAUAGUCUCUGACUGAGCGUAGCAUUUACUGGAUACUCAACUGUGGAUAUCUACAAGUCUUGGAGUUCAAUGCGGUGAGAUGAAGAUGACGUAGGUUAAAAGUCGUCUGCAUACUAACUGGGAAAUAAACAUGAGGAUCUCCUGUCCAGUGUGUCAAGAGGUGCUGACCAGGGACUUCUGCUGUGCACCAUGUGGUCACAUUUUUCAUUAUGAUUGCCUCGCGCAUUGGCUGGAGAUGAAGAAACCAUCCAGCUGCCCGCAGUGUCGACGAGCAUGUCCAGCCGCUAAAGUGAUCCGCCUGUUUGUGGAAGAACAUGUUGACGUGGACAUUGAUCCCAGCAUGGGUUCUGAAGAACUCAAGGGAUCGCUGAAGCGCACGCUGGAGAAAGUCCAGGCUCUGGAGGCAGAGGUAGAAGUCUUAGAGAAUGAUCUGAAGGAGGUAAAUGAUCGGCACGACAAGACUAUGAUUGAUCGUCAAGUGGAUCAAAUUGAGAUAUCGGAUCUGCGCAAGGAAGCGAAUAAACUGAAGAAAGCUGCAGACCGCGCGGAUAUGAUGCACCAGAAGAAUUUAGCUUUGGCUGAGCAGGUCCGGUCUCUAACAGUCCAGCUGGAGGCGUCUGAAAGCAUGUCAACAGUGAUAGAAGGUUCCGUGACGGACGUAGCCGAAGUCGUCAAGCAAUACAAGAAUUGCGAAAACAGCACCGAAGCUCUGGCUAAAUUCCUUGUAUCAACAAAAAAGGAAUUUGAGCGCCUUAGAGCCAGUCACAAGGAUGCAUGUAACAUGAAGGAUCGGCAGGCAAAGAUGCUGGCAGUGGAGAAGAGCAAGGUUAUUGAGUGUCAGAGAAAACUCAAAGAGUCGCAUGCCAUUCGCGAGAGCCUCGAGGGAGAAGUCCGCUCUCUGGAGGGGGAAAAGGAUGUGUUGAGCGCUCGACUGGAUAAACUGGCAAACAAGCUUAUCAGCAUGGACUCUGGCCUCAAGUCAGCGACAAAGCGUAAACGGCCAACGUCUGUUGACCCAGGGCCAGUGUCUCCUGAGCUGAUUCCUUCCCAGUCAGUCUCAUUUGGUCCAACUUCACCUCUCGAUGAUGACUUCGAACACGAGUCAUCUCCACCACCCAAGAAGCCUAUGUCCAAAACUUCAUCCGCGACCUCCGUCUACGAUCAGAAUGAUCCUCAUAGCAAGAAAGGAUCAUCCUUUAGAGACGGCGUGCAAAGCUCUGACCGAGUACGCGGUGACGAAGAAGACGUGUGCCCGGAUGUGCUGGCGUGUGGAAAGGUGGACAGUGCUGCUGCCUUGCCCGUCAAGAGCAUAGACUCAGCGCACAUGCAAGCUCUUCUCGUAAAGUCACAUACGUCCGCACAGAUGUCGACCAUACGGAAAGGCUACAAUGGCUUCGGCGGCCAGAGCAAAUUUCAUAUGCCUCUGGCGGCCAAAGAUUCCAGUGCCAAAUCAUCGCUAAAGUUUGGACAGAAGGUGCUGUCGCGGCCUAAGGCACCUACAGCAGGACCAACGGGCACCAGUGCAUCAGUGAAGAGAAGCUAUAAGGAGAAUGCACCACCGCUGCCCAAUCUUUUCCUGAAGAAAUGAAGGCUUAUGAAGCUGUGUUGACGACCUAACGGUAACACAUAGGAUAACAUUGCAUGUAAUCUUCAUUAAUUUCCAUUCUGUGCUUCUUGAAUAUCCAAUUUAUCUGUUAUUUGCAGCUGGCUGUGAACAUAGCAAAUGCUACACAUAGUGCCUUGUAUUAUUUUGUUUCUCUAAUUUUGAACCACUUGAGACAACGGCUCCUGAUCUACACCUGUGUGUCUGGCAAAGUGCCUUUCACUGUUUGGCGCUGGUCUGCUAUAUAGCCGGAAGACCAGCCUUUGUCCAUGA